AUGACUGACAUAUGGUGCAAUGUCGACAGUGUGAUCGUCAGAAACCCGUCUGCGGCCAAUGUUCAAAGUCACGGCGGCUGUGCCUCGGAGCGUCUCUCUAUCGACAAUGAUGUGUUCUACGGUGUUGUACGGAAUGAUCAGAGACUCCAUUAUGAAUCUUCUCGGUCGCCCGCCGCCACCCACGAAGAACGAGUUCUCAACACCGUGCAAAUGUCACCUGCCACGGUGUAUCGGCGUCAGAUACUGGCGACGUAUAUCAAUGCGACGGUUCCUUUCGACUUUCUCCAACCCCACGAUCUGCCAUGGCUGAGACUAUUUUAUCACAUCGAAAAUUGGCCUGUAUGCCUCGAGUACGCGGUUUUGGCAGUAGGCCUGGCUGCGCUUGGCAGGAAAGCAGGAGACUCUUCCAUGGUCUCUUCAUCGACCAGAUACUACGUCCAUGGCUUAAGAGGACUUCGAAUGGCACUCACGAGGCCAGAAUUGGCAGCGCAGGACGGAGUACUUGCUGCUGGUAUGCUCUUGGCAAGUUACGAAAUUGUUGAAGGUCCAGAACCGUCGUCCCGAGUGGCAUACAUCUAUCACCACCAAGGCUGUGGGCGAUUGAUCAAAUUCCGAGGUCCCGAAGCACAUUCAUCAGGAACAGGCCAUGCGAUAUUCCGUACGUACCGAAUAGAAGGGCUUCUGGCCGCUCUGCAGCCGCCCCACGAUACUUUCCUACUUGAACGCGACUGGCUCUCUAUUCCUUGGUCAGGGUCUCCUAAGCUCUGGCUUGAUCGAGUUAUGGAUCUACUCGGGUCGGCGCCAGCGAUUUUUCGACAGGUUCAAACCUUUCAGCAGAACAUGUCACAAGUAGGCGACCUCGUACCGACCGCGCGUCGUGUCCUUCGCCAAUGUCUCGAGCUAGAGAGGAGAAUGGACGAAUUUUUCAAGGGCUUUUCCAACGGCAAGACGAGACCGUUCUAUUGGCCCAUGUUGUCUAGGUUGAAGAUUCCUGAUGCAUCGUCCGUAUGCUACGAGUUUUCAGACCUGACAACUGCGAAGAUCUUGAUGUUUUACUGGGCAACAUUGACGAUGCUUAGGUCCGGAAUAUCUUCCCUCGGCGACAUGCUUCGGAGUGUGAGUAGAGGAGGAGGAGCGGGCGUUGUUGUUGAUGUCCGUGGUGGUGCUGAGGGCAAUCAAAUACAAGAUCCAAAUCCAAAUCCAGAUCGGCAUCCACAUCGACAUCGGCAACGGCGCACGUCUUUCGACCUGGAAAGAGAUGAUGAUAUUGUGGAACGCUCAAGAAGGACUACUGCUACUACUACUAUUACUAUUACUACCCCUGACCCACCGCGGCGGGAUCUGGACGUACUCGUAGGUCGGGAACAUGGGAGUCACGCGACAGUCGACGUGAGGACGCCUGCUCGGAAUGUUCUACAAUCCGUCGAAUACUGUCUACAACGAGACAUGCUCGGUCUAGGUCCAGUAAUCGCCGUUGCACCAGUAAUGAUGGUCCUGGAGACGCUGGAUCGGCGAGGCGGCAACGAGUUUCACACAGAGUGCGAGUGGGCACGUCACAUUCUAAGGAUAAUCUCCACAGACCGACUUUGUGGAUUGCGCAUCAUGUGA